AUAUCGGUUUUCCUGAUAAGAACUGCAGGAUUUAGUAACAAAGAUCUUACACUAUGCUGUCGCGUCCGCACCUUCCUCACCAGGAACGACUGCGUGCAAAGCGCGAACGACACGGAAACGACGCUGCCGCUGGUCGACCUUGCGCCGACAAACAGCACCGCGAGCGACGAGCACUUCUCCAUCCUGGUGUGGAACCUGUGUGCCGGAGACAACCGGUACAGUCUGAAUCCGCAUCUGUACGAGGACGAGCAAUGGCAUUUCCUGUCGAACGACUCCGUGUACCGCCCCGAGGCGAUAGACGAGGAUCGUCUCAUGAACUACGAUGAGUACUGCCUGGCGAGAGUACGGAACUACGAUUACCCGGAGUAUUUAGCGUUCUUCUACGAAGAGGCGUAUCCGAUGAGGAUAACGAGAUCGUCUACUCGUAUGUGUGGAAUGAUCAUCUCGGUACCGUUCGUCUACGUUCGUCGUCUAUUGGCUAAGAUGAGGAACAUACACGGUCUGACGCUGCGCGGUUACGUCGGCUGCCUGUCGGUGGCGUACGUCAUGCUGACGAUGGUGCAACUGAUGCCGCAGGAUUGGCUCUCAUACGAUGGCUGCAUCGCAAUCGAUAUAUCUAUAGUGUGCGACUUUUUCUUCUAAUUGUUUACUGUGCCGUUAACGCGAAAAGGAUCGUGAGGAUU